GUUUUUCUCUCUUCCCUUCUUGACUCUCCAAUAAGAGAUCUUCAAGUGCUACGUCAACUCGAGCGAGGUAGUCCCUUCUUUACUACUCGUCUCUGACAUCCCUUUCUUACACCUCUUCCCCCACCCCAACCCUGGGUCAAAUUGGACCUCUUUCGCCCAAACUCGACUGCUCAUCCAUUUCGAGUCAUUCUGGAUCUCGACAUUCAUCGUCUUGGAAGUCUGCCGUGACUUCCUCAUCGACUAUGGCGGACGGCAGACACCGGGCUACCCAGCCUGCCCCAAAUGGCUACGACGCCUCCUCUCUAACCCACGAAUUCGAACAGCUGAUGCGCACCAAACGACUCAACCGACUUCAUGAACCUUCUCGCUCGCGUACUCACUCACCAUCACCGUCUCCGAUGUCCAGUUCAUCGAUCCCUCCGCCGCCGACGCGAGCUCCACCACCUCCUCCCUCGAUAGGCGCUCCUGCCGCUGCUCCCUCCCCAAAGCCGUCCACGACCUCACCAGCACUACGCGGUCUUCCUAUCAUGCCAUCGCCUCCCCAGGACGCAGCUUCACUCAAAUUUUAUAAUUUGUUGAAGGGGUUAUCGGUCACGCCGACCAAAUACGAAAAUCCGGGUCUAUUGGAUGAGGCCUUGUGCGUUAUUCCGCUUGAUCGCCUUUAUUCCGAGGCAGAGGAAGAAUCCCAGAUUAUGCAGGCCCAGGCUGCCAGCGUGGCAGGGAAGCCGGAAUGGGGCUACCAAGAUUGUGUGAUCCGAGCAUUGUUAAGAUGGUUCAAGGGGUCAUUUUUCCAAUUUGUUAAUAACCCUCCAUGCUCGAAAUGCCACAUGCCCACGAUCGCCCAAGGCAUGACCCCUCCCACCCCCGAUGAGACCGCCCGGGGCGCAACCCGAGUCGAGCUGUACCGUUGUUCCGAUACUAGUUGUACCGCCCACGAGCGAUUCCCGCGAUAUUCAGAUGUGUGGCAAUUGCUGCAAUCUCGACGAGGCAGAGUUGGCGAAUGGGCAAACUGCUUUAGCAUGUUCUGCCGCGCAGUCGGAGCCCGAGUCCGUUGGGUUUGGAAUUCCGAGGACUAUGUCUGGACCGAAGUGUACUCGGAACACCAGCGACGAUGGGUCCACGUCGAUGCCUGCGAGGGCGCCUGGGAUCAGCCUCGCCUGUACACCGAAGGAUGGCAACGCAAGAUCUCCUACUGUGUGGCCUUCUCCAUCGACGGUGCGACCGAUGUCACCCGCCGCUACGUUCGCAACUUUUCCCGACACGGAAGCCCCCGCAAUCGCGCCCCCGAAGAAGUCGUUCUGUGGUCGAUUCACGAGAUCCGACGCAAGCGUCGCGAAAACAUGUCGAAGACCGACCAACGCCGCCUGAUCAAGGAGGAUGAGCGCGAAGAGAAGGAACUCCGGUGCUACAUGGCAUCUGCUCUGGCAGCAGAGAUUAACAACAUGCUCCCACAAGGCCUUACAGGCCGCCGCGAGGACCAGAAACACCCAGGUGCUCGCCAGGAGGCAUCGACCGAAUGGCUCGCCGCACGAGGCCAUGGUAACUCAGGACCCGACCGAUCCCGUGAAGGGCGGUAAGAUUACUGCUGGUAACCUGGCAUCACAUCAACUCCUUGGCUUCUGAAAUUUCAUAUCAGCCACACCACUCAUCGAACGAUUCUGCGACCUGGAUAUUCAAUAUUCCACAGCCCCCUUUCUCGCAUCGGAGGACUGGCUGGGCGCAGCGACGUUCGAGAAACCCUUAGUCAACGUUGGUUCCGACUAUUGACCAAAGCCACUGCGGUCGCGUUGGGCAACUUCGUGCCACUGUCAUCCCUUUUGGGCGUCGGCAUCAGAAAGACGACCAUGCUAUCUUGACAAAGAUUCAAGCAUGUGCGACCGCAGACUUAGACGAGCAAGCUCCAGGGCCUGUCCGUCCACAAUGGCUGGCGAUGUUGACCAAUUGUUCCUCUGAUCAUCGAUCAUACAAUUUCUCUCCUAUGCCCGAAUCACGACAUCUAUCUACGCGAUAAUUUCCAUUUCCUUACUCUUCUCUGAGAUACCACAUCUGGAGCCUGAUUUUUCCCGACCAUCUUGCACUUAAUAUGGGUUACAACCGGGGUUUUCGCUUCAUAGGUUCGGCACGCCGUCCGCGGUGACGACGAUAUCUUCUAUCCUUUUCAUUUCUCAAUCUUUAUUUCUAAUAUCUUUGUGAACUGCCCGACGACACAUGUACGAGUCACGGAUGCGGCCAUUUUUCUCUAUGUUUACUUUUGCAUGUCCUGGCAGGAUCGCCAGUUCGAUCUUUCCUUCUUAUAUACCUGACCAUCUUUUCAAGGGUCGAUUUUUUUUUUAACUUUCUACCAGUGGGCUUGCACCAUUCAAUACCAAUAUUUCAUUACUACAUAUGCUCCAGUGUAUCCCACCAUAAAUUACCAGACUAGUUUAAUUGUGAUGUGCAAUCUUCCCCGCGCUCUCCCUAGCGCCCCCG